AUGAAUAAAAAUUUUAACAUUUCGAAUUAUAAUUUAGAUUUAAUCAAAUGUUUGCAAAAUGAUUCAGGAAUUUAUUUCAUAUUAGACCCAACGAAAGCAAUAAACGAUAAAAAAAGUUCCGAAGUAUAUGAUAUUUUUAUACCUGAAAAUAGUGAUGGUGUUACCUUGCAUGUUCAGAAAAUAAAUGAGGAGUACAAGUGCAUAGGUGUAAGUAUAACAAAGAAAGGAAUAGACAUCAACACUGGUACCCGAAUCUUUAACACCAAAAUUGCCGAUUGGUUGGAACAACUCUUUCAUUUUAAUAAAACCUUAUCAAGCAACAAGGCUCCAUCAAACGGCAACAUCAGUGUAAAGAGUGAUACAAAUAAGGACGGAAAUUUUGGAACAAACGUCAAUAUCAGUAGAAACAAUAACAAUAACAAUAACAUUAAUAGACUUAAACGAAUCAACAGCAAUAACUCAGGCACACCUGAGAGUAAUAGCAUAUUAAGUGCUUCCACAUCAACAAUCAUAAAUAACUUUAAUAAAGGAUCUAAUGCUGCCAUCGGUUAUCCGAAUGAUAGCACAAAGGGUACUAACAGCAGUAGUAAUAAUAUUAGUAAUAACAAUAACAACGGAAGUGGUAACAAAUUGAAUGUUUAUAACAAUAUAAGACAAGCGUCAUUAGUUGAUAUGCAGCAAGGACAAAUUACAAACUUAAUCAAAAAUCCUCAAAGUAAUUUCGACAAUUUUGAAAAUAACGAGAAUUGCAACCCUACAGCUGGUGGUAAUAAGAAAAGUAAUAAUAAGAUGGUAAAUCAAUCAAGUUGCAAUUUGAAUCAAAGUAACGGUACAAAUAAUGUCUUAACGCACAUUGUACCGUCCACAAAUCUGUCAACUUUUACUCAAUCGAAGGAUAAUAAUAAUAAUAAUAAUAGCACCAAUAAUAGCGGUAAUAGUAAUAGUAACAACAAUAGUAACAACAAUAGUAACAACAAUAGUAACAGUAACAGCAACAGUAACAGCAACGCAGCAGCAGUUUCACACAUACAACAAGCACAGCACACGAAGCAGAUAAUAUUGAACCAGAUGAAUGCAAAUCAUUCUCAUAAAUCACAUUUGAUGCCACAUCAUAAUUCAAAUUAUGAUGACAAGAAUAGCAAAUUGUAUAAUAGCAUGAAUGUGAACAACAUGAAUGGGACAAAUGUCAACGUUAGUUCUCUAAGCGUUAGUAAUGUGAAUAACAAAAAUAAUGCACACGGCGGAAGUUCAACGAAUCUAGGGAUUGUAGGAUCUCCAGGAAAUGUGCAAAUGACAUCCAAUACAAACAAUGAAAUGGUGAAGAAUAAUAAGAUUGGGUGUACGAAUAGACAAAAAAGCGUGAACCACCAUAUGCAUGGCCAUCAUCAUUUGAGUCAUUCCCCAAAUCAGCCACUUAACCAUUUGUCUAACCAUCCAUCGAAUCACCAACACGGGAGUGAUUCGUUAUACAGCACUCAAAAUUCACAUCCAAAUAACAAUCAUAUAUACAAUAAUCAGAAAUCUCAACAACAGUCUUAUAACGAAAAUUAUGGUUAUAGACCCACCUUAUUUAACUUGUUAGAGGUUUUAGCAAAUCAUAACAUUACCACUCCAGAUCAGAGGGUAUGCAUAAGAGGUAUAGUAACUGAUUUUUUAAAUAAUGAAUUACCUCAUGGGAAAAUAUAUGCAUACAUAGGUGCAGUGGUAGGACAUGAUAUUUUGCAUGACAUAAUAAGGAAAUUAGAAAAAGAUCCUAAUCGAAACGUAGUACCAGAUGCAUCCGGAUUGGCAAGAAUUGAAGCGGCAUUUGGUUUAAGUAAAUCGUCUUAUGAUUUUAUGAAUCAUAAUUCAAAUAAUUCAAGUGUAAACAAUAUUCCAAAUGUGCUAUUUAACCAUAGAAAUUUAAAUAGCGCCCUUUUGAAUAAUCAUAUAUAUUCCAAUAUCUUAUCCAAUGUAAAUAAUAAUAACAGCAAUGUCAGUGGAGGAGCAGCAGGAGCAGUUGGCGUGAAUAAUUGUGGAGACAAUAAUAACGGAAGCAUGGGUGGAAAUUUAUCUGCAAGAAGCCGCGAUCGAAUAAGUUUAGAAAAUGAAAAAAUGUUAAAUAAUGCAAAAACGCAAGCAGAAAUAAACAAUUUGUUGAAAUAUGCCAAGAGUAAUGAUAAGUAUGCAUUGUCAUGUAACAAUUUGCUAAAUUUGAAUAAGAAAAAAGCAUCAAAUAUAAGUAACCUUUUGAAUUUACGACAAGAUGGUGUUUUUAAUAAUAGUAUAGGAACCCUAGAUAAUAACAACAUUGGUGCAUUAAAUCAGAAAAAUAUCCUGAAUUCACAUGAUUAUCUUUGCAUGUCUAGAAAUCUAAACAUGCAAUGUAGUAACAAUUUGAACAAUAGAACUAGUAUUUCAGAUGAUGAAGAAGAAUUAAUGAAAGUUAUUAAAAAAAAUAUUGAAACGUAUAAGAUGAAUAAUAUAAAGAAUAUACUAAUAUCAUCUGUUUUUGGAAGAAUAAAGUGGCUAAAAAUUAUGAACGAAUCACCACAUGCAUAUUUAUAUGGACAUAGUAUAGUUAAAUUUGGAAAUAAAUUAUAUAUGUUUGGAGGUACAAAUAGUAAGCAUAAAAAGGUACCAUUCAAUCAUACAUUAACCUUUAGUCUUAUCUAUUACAAUUAUAAAUUAUUACCAUUAGGAGGAAAUUAUCCAGAAGAAAGAGAUGGACAUACCACUCAUUUAAUUUCAUUGAAGAAUGGAUUAUGUGUUUUUUUAUUCGGUGGUAGUAAUGAAAGUACCUAUUUUAAUGAUAUUUAUUUACUUGAUAUGGAAACAAGAAAAUGGAGUCAAAGGAUUACAAAGGGAAAAAUACCUCUUCCAAGAGAUCAACAUUGUUCACUUGUUUAUCCAGCGAAAAGUGAACAUGUAAGAGGUGAAAAAUCAAAUUUAACUGAAGGAGUAAUUAUAUUUGGUGGUAAAUGUCUUUACAAUAAUAAUAUUGUCAAUUUGAAUGAUAUGUGGAUCUUUUUAUUUCAAUUAAAUAUGUGGAUACGUAUCAAUUAUACUAGUCAAGAAUCUCCCAUUGGAAGAUAUGGUAUGAAUUUUGUAUGGUCAGACACCAAUACCUUAUGUUUAUUUGGUGGGGAAUAUUUUGAUGCCAAUAAAAAUUCUAGGGAAAGAAAGUUACUUGAUGAUAUGUGGACAUUUCGUAUUAAUACACCAUCAGUUCCAAAUCCGUUAUCUGUUAAUGGAAAUGUAGGAACUGCUUCUGCAUCAAGCAAUAGUGGAAAUGCAUUUAAAAAUUUCAUUUAUAGCCCACAAUCUAGUGCAACAGAUGCAGCAUUGUUUAAUAAUUCCAUGGAUAUAAUGGCAGGAGAAUUGUCUAAUAAUCCAAUUGGGGAUAAUAUUGGUUCUAUUGGAUCGAUUGGUUCUAUCGGUUCCAUUGGAGGAGGUGGUGGUGUGGGUAGCGGUGUCGGUGUCGGUGUAAAUGGUUGCAGUAGCAACAAUAGCCCUGAAGGAAACGACAGGAUGCAGUUCCAAAACAAUGUAGGAUUGAAUCAAUCCACAAGUAAAAACAACACUGCCUGUGAAAAUACGAACAAUUUAACGAACAAUGGAGUUUUGGAUAAAAAUAUGACGAAGGCUCCAUCUAAUGUGAAGGAAAAGAAUAAUAAUUCUGAUAACGAGGCAGAUAAUGUGAAGAAUAUUUUAAGCAAAGUAAAAAUUACAGGUUCAUGGCAACGAGAAAUAUAUGAAGGGAAGAUAGGCUGUAGAUCUAACUAUAGUAGCAUUUUCAUAACACAGAGACAUCAAGAUUUUAAAGGUUCUGAACCCAAAACGAUUGAAAAGUUGAUGCUUCUGUGUAGUGGAAUAACAUAUACCAAUAAGGAUAAUAAAAUAAAAAUUGUUUCAAGUGACGAAAUAUAUGUUUAUUUUUUUUCACAAAAAAGAUGGUAUUUAUUAAGAGGGAAAUUGUACAAUGAAGAAUUUAUAUAUAAUGCAAGACAAAGACAUGUAGGUUGUUUUUUCGAAUCAAAGAAUGUUUUAGGAAGGGCAAAUAAGAACCCAGUACCGUGUAUAUUUAUACAGGGAGGAUUUAAAAAAAAUUCCAUUUUUGGAGAUGCUUGGUUAUUAUCACUUACAGGGGAUAACCCUUUAAGAAUACAUGAAUAUGACACAUCGAGAGAAAAAAUAUCAACGACUCAGAUGCCACUCUACUACUUUAGAGAUACACAUUCUAUUAGUUUAUUAUACAGUUUCUGUACUUUGCAAAAAUGGCUAUUUGGUGCCUUUGCAAACUUGGUAGAUAAUUGUGUACAUGCACUAAAUCCAGCAGAAAAUGUAUUUAUAAAAUAUGAAUUAACACCAGAACACGACGGAAUGUUAUCUAUUCAGGAUGAUGGGGAGGGUCUAGAUUUCAACGCAAUGAAUAGAAUUCUCAGACUUUAUGGAAAUUACAAAAAUUACGAUAGUAAUAGUUUGUACAACAAUGAAAACGCUAGUAAUAGCAAUGUGAAGAAGCAUGGCAUACCCACUAGUGACUUUAUGAACACCAAUCGUAUUGAUGAUUACAGUGAUGAUGAAGAUGAGGAAGAAGAAGAAGAAGAUGACGAGGGUGACGACACUGCCAAUUGUCAUGAUGAGGAGGAAGAUGGGGGUCAAGAAGCAGAGGGCAGAAGAACCCAAGGAGUAAAUAAAAGGAGGAACAACAAUACGAGUGCCCAUGGAAAGGGAAGCCACAACGACAAGGGCAACAACGUCGAUAGCACCGAUAACAAUCAUAACAAUCAUAACAAUCAUAACAAUGACAACAAUGAGAACAAAGGUAGCAUCGAUUGCAUCGAUAACAGUAAGAAGGAUGAGAACAAUGGAGACGAAGAACGUGGAAAUGGAAAGGACAAUGGUGUGAAUAGUGCAGGUGCUGAGAACACUGCAGCAGCGAAUAAUAAUUGUGGUGUGACUACCGCACCGGGGGUUUUGAGUAAACAAAAUAAUUGCCAGAAUAACAUCUCGAGUGAUAGCAAGAAGAAGAAGAAGAAAAAGAAAAAAAAGAAAAAAAAUUCAUUCAAUGAGAGUUAUUAUCAUAAAAACUAUGAUCAAGAAUUUUUCUACAAUGAAAAUGCAAAUGGAAUAUUUGAUAUAAAAUAUGGAGUAGGAUUUAAAAUGUCUUUCGCUCGUAUAUCAUCCAGUUGUGCUAUAAUGUCAAGAACUAUAAACACAAUUGGAAUAGGGUUACUAUCCCUAGAAUUAAUGAAUCAUUGUGAUGCUAAAGAGUUGGCUACACCAUUAUGUAUGUGGAAAUUACCCAAUAAGGAAUUAAUAAACAGAAAUAUUGCAAAUAAAUCUGAACAUCGACAUCAUCAAAAAUUACUCAUGUCAUAUACUCCAUUUAAUAGUCCAAGCCUUUUAGCAGAACAAAUAAAUAUACUUGGAACUUACAGUGGUACCAGAUUACUUUACUGGGAUUUCAGGGACGAUAUGGAUUUUAUUGUAUUCUCCCCGGCCAACAAUAAUAUAUACCUUAGUAGCUCUCCACUCAGUAUUGAUGAAAUUAAAUGUACAAAAAAGAGAAAAGGUAUAACAACAACGACUGGGUUCGAUACAUUAAAUAAAUUGCAUUGUGUUGAAGAUAUCAAAUUGAACAACAGAGAAAUCAAAAGGAAAGCUCAUUUUUUAGAACAUACACAGCAGGGAGAAGACAAGAAUAAGAGAACCAAAUUCAUGGAAUCGAGUGAAAAAUACACACACACACAUGAUGUAGGUAAUAAUGGAAGAGGAGGAGGAGACGUCCACGACCGAAACGAUCAGAAUGGAAGAGACAAUCCAGCAGAAUUUUCCAUAGAAAACAAGGACCAAUCUGCAGAGGUUAAAGAGGAGGAGGGUGUAAAUAUUAAUGAUGUUAAUAAGGGUGAGGAGAUUAAGAAUGAAAUGGUUGAUGCGAACGAUCACCACUCCACUGAUGAUGAAAGUGGGAAAAUGGAGUGCAACAGGAGGAACGGCAGCAUUGGCAAUGAUGGAAAUUUAUCUAAGAGUAGAAGCACACACAUUGAGAAUCAUACGGCAGAAGGAAAAAUGGGAGACAGCUGUAAUGUCAAUGAAGAAGACGAAGCAGGACGAGUGGGUGGUGGUGAAGCUAGUGAAAAAUGUCAUAAUGGAAUUAGCAUUAGUAAUAAUAAUGAUCAAGCAACGACGAAAUCGGAGAAGAGCGAAAGAAAUGUAGAAAGAGCAAUGAAUAAUGGGAUGAAUAAAAAAAAUGAUGAGAAUGGAGCAAAAGGAGUAACAACCAAGUUGUCAUCAUCACAAAUACUCGCAUCCACGUCAGCUGUGGAAUCCUCUUCAUCAUCCAAAAUAUGCAACAAAAACAAAUUUUAUAAUAAGGAGCAAUUCCAACACUGCAAUGACAUGCUAAAGAAGAUGAAUCUUUUUGAAUACAAUUCUCAUCUUCAUCCAUCCAUAUCAAAGGAGAAGUAUAAUAUAAGUCCAAUUUUUCCACUAUGGGAUCAUCCAAAAGAUAGUAUAGAUUAUUGUUUAUCAACAUAUUUGUAUUGGUUAUAUCUGAGGAGAAGUACAAAUAUAUUUCUUCAAAACACGUUACUUAUUCCUACAUGUAUGAGAAGGAAUGAUGAACAGAAUUGUGCACAUUCACAGGAAGAAGGACACUUGGGAGAUAUUAGCAAUAGAGUUGAUAAAGGGAAAAAAAAAAAAAAAAUGAAAAGAGGAAGAAAUUUGAAAAAAGGAAUUGCAAAAAUUGGCAAAAAAAAUGCAAAUGUUCAGAAAAAAGAAAUAGGAAUAGACCAAACUGAGAAUAAGAAAGAAUAUUCUGCUGCCACAAAAAUGGACAAAAUGGACAAUGAUGAAAUGGAUGUAGGAGAAGGAAGAAAAAUUCUGAAAACGAAUGAGCAACCAAGUAAAGACAAUCAUAAUAGUUCAGUUGUUUCCAAGUGUUGUAUUAGCAGUAGUAGUAGUGGUGGUAUCAGUACAGGUACUGUUCCUGAUGAUAAUUGUGAUAGUGGAAAAAAUGGAAAUAUUCAGAAUAAUAAUGAACAACAAGUAUUAGUCGAAAAUAUGAAUGUGAAAUGUGAAAUACAACAAGAAAAACAAAAUAAGAACAAUGAAAGUGUCGAUAAUUUGGAAGUCCACGGUGCUACUGAAGCUAGCAGCAAUGGAGAUAUGCAAGGUGUAGUAGUAGGAGGAGGAGGAGUGGUGGGUAAGACGAAUGUAAAAUUUUUAAAUGAAAUAGAUGCAAAUAUUGGAGAAGAAUCAUCUCCCAUUGUUGUAGCUCCUGUAGCAGUGGUUGAAGGUGGUGGAGAUAUAACAGUUGCGAAUGAGAAAAAUGGCAUAGAUCAUAGAAUUAAUGAGGAAGAUGAUAAUGACGAGGUAGAUGAUAAUGGAUUAACAAAACUACAAAAAAAAAAAUUGGAAGAAGCGUUAGAAUAUGGAAUUACCCAAGAUAUGAAAAAAAACAAACAUAUCCAUAGAAGUGAAACAGAUGAAAGUGCACCUGAGGAGGAUGAUGAUGAGGAGGAGGAUGAUGAUUACAAUGAAGAUGCAGAAGAGGAUGACGACGAUGGUGAUGAUGAUGAUGAUGAUGACGAAGAGGAAGGGGAAGUAACAGAAGUGGAAGGAGAGAAGGAAGAGAAGGAAGAGAAAAAACAGACGGAGCAGAAGGAAGAAAAGGAAGAAAGUGACAAAAGAAAAAUACACGAAACAGAUGAAAUAGUGAACCAUGUGGAGAAGGAGAAAACUCCAGAUGACGUCGACAGUGCGAAAAACCCAAUGGAGGAAAAAGGUGAAAGAGGUGAAAAGGUAGAAGAAACGACACUUGAUGAGAACUCGACAAGUAAUGAAAUUAAAGAUAAUCAAGUGAAGAAGACAGAAAAGGAAGAAAAUGGGAAAGAAGAAGGUCAUCAUCAGUUGAAGGAGGAAUGUGUCGAAGGAGAAGAAGGGACCAUGGGGGGAGGGAAGAAAGAUGAACAGGAAAAUCAAGAAAUGCUUAAAAUGCUGAAUGUUAAAGGAGGAGGAGGAGGAGGAGGGAAAGGGCCAAAGAAAACAAAAAAAGAUAAACGAGAAAAACUCGAAAGUGGGGUAGGAAGAAAAAAAGGAAACAAUAAUAUGAAUAAUCAUAAUAAUGAUAGAAAGAUGGACGAAAAUGAAAGAUUACGAAAAGAGAAUUAUGUAAAUGUAUAUAUGGAAAAUUUGAAAAUUAAAGAUGAAUAUUAUAUAAAUAAUACCAAUAAAUAUACAUUAUAUAAUUUUUUAAGGAGAAAAUUAUAUAGAAUGGUCGAGUUUCAUUAUUUAUUUACGCCCUCUGAUUAUGAAUAUGGCUCAUUCAUUAUGAUGGGUUUUUUAAAUGAUAAUACUAGUCCAUGUAUAGAGAUUAAUAGGAUAUGUGAAACUGGUAUUUUAUUAUAUUAUAAAAAUAGACUAAUUAAAAGAUUAGAUGCACCAUUUAUAGAUUCAGCUUAUAAUCUGUCUCUUUCGAAAUAUCCCCCAAAUCCUUCUUUGUACGAGGGAAAUCUUUAUAAAUAUGCACUUACAGCGAUUGUUAACGUGCCCAAUUGGCUUAAACCAUCUAUUAGUAAACAAGAAUUCAUACAUGAAAAUAAUUAUGCAUUUCUUCUUUUUAAGAAAAAAUUAGUGAGUCUGAUUAAGUACUACCUUUGCAUCUGUGAGGAUAACCUUAAACUCACCAAAUGGAGGGAAUCGAGGGAUCUAAAAUUAAAAAGAUAUCUGGAAAAUGUGCAAUACAACACACGACCACCCAGGAACGAUUCAUUUAAUGAGUAUGAAAAAGUGUACAAAAUAAUGUAUUCGGACAAAGAUAAUAAGGGUGGUGUAAUAGAUCAAGGAGGUGCUGUUACUUCAAAGGACAGACAAGAGCAAAAGCAGAAGCAAGAACAGCAACAGCAAAAAGCAGAACAAGAACAAAAGCAAGAACUGCAGCAGGAGAAGCAGGAGAAGCAGCAACAGCAGAAACAGGAAUGUGAGCUUGCGACACAGGCAUCCAAAGUAAUUGAUAAUAAGACUUCAAGUGGAAAGAGGAAAAGGGAAUCAGCAGAUGAUGCAACAUUGAGCGAUAAGGAGAAAGACGAGCACUAUUCCAAUUUUAAAAAAAAACAAGAACAGUUAGAGAAUGAUGAAGCACAAGCUGACGACGACGAGCCAGUUGCUAUUGAUAGAGAAGCGAAUGGAGAGGUAGAUGAAGAGGAAGAUGUAGAACAGGAAGAUGAUGAAGAAAACAGCCAAGGAGACACCAAUAAAUCAAAAAAGGAAAAGAAACAGAAAAAGAAAAAUGGAGAAGAAGAUGAGGAAGAAGUGGAGGAAGUGGAAGAAGAGGAGGAAUUAGAAGAUGAAGAAGUAGAAGAGGAGGAAUUAGAAGAAGAGGAGGAAUUAGAAGAAGAGGAGGAAGAAGUAGAAGAAGAGGAAGAAGAAGAAGAAGAAGAAGAGGAGGAAGAAGUAGAAGCCGCAAAGGAAGGACAAGCACGAAAAAAACAAAAAGCCGAUCAUGAAGAUGCUGAUGAGGAAGUGGAAGAAGUGGAGGAAGAGGAAGAAGUAGAAGAAGAGGAAGAAGUAGAAGAAGAGGAAGAAGUAGAAGAAGAGGAAGAAGUAGAAGAAGAGGAAGAAGUAGAAGAAGAGGAAGAAGUAGAAGAGGAGGAAGAAGAAGAGGAAGAGGAGGAGGAAGCAGAAGAAGAAUAA